GCAGCAGGUGGUGAUAGUGGCAGUGAGAAGCUCACUGAGGUGCUCAGAUUCUCAUAGCUGUGCCAGGAUUUAACCACCACCAUGUCAAGCAAAAGAGCAAAGACCGAGACCACCAAGAAGCACCCCCAGCACACAACAUCCAAUGUGUUUGCUAUGUUCGACCAGUCACGGAUUCAGGAGUUAAAAGAGGCCUUUAACGUGAUUCAUCAGAACAGAGACGGUUUCAUUAACGAGGAAGAUUUGCAUGAUAUGCUUGCUUCAUUGGGGAAGAAUCCAACUGAUGAGUAUCUGGUUGCCAUGAUGAAUGAGGCUCCAGUCCCCAUCAAUUUCACCAUAUUCCUCACCAUGUUUGGUGAGAAGUUAAAUGGCACAGAUCCUGAAGAUGUCAUCAGAAAUGUUUUUGCUUGCUUUGAUGAAGAAGCCACUGGCACUACUCAGGAAGAUUACCUGAGAGAGCGGCUGACAACUCGCUUUACGAAUGAGGAAGUAGGUGAGCUGUACAGAGAAACACCUGUUGAACAAAAGGUGAAUUUCAAUUACAUCGCGUUCACGUGCAUCCUGAAACAUGGAGCAAAAGACAAAGAUGACUGA